UAUUUAAUUUAGAUAAGGAGUAGAAUUAAGCAGGAGGUGUUCGUGGGGCUCAAGAUCGUCGGUCUCCUCUCCUGGUCAAGAUAACGGUUGCAAGUGUGUGGUGCCCCGGCCUUUUUAAUGACAGUAUAUAUAAACCACUGGGCCUCAACUAGUUGAGCAUAAAAUCACCCACACACCCAGCCCAGCAGCCAGCACCGAUCGAGUCAUCCUUAAUUACCGUAAUAAUAUGAAGGCCGCCAUGAUUGUUGUUGAAGUAGUACUGGCGCUACUGCUGUCCUAUGGGGCGGGACAUGCCGACUGCGCAACGACGACCAUCCCCCAGAACAGCAACAGCACGGCCGACAUGCUUUCCCUGCUCGACUUCAGAAAGACAAUCAGCAGUGAUCCAGGAGGUUUCCUCACAUCCUGGAACACUAAUAACAGUAGCGCCGCCGACUACUGCGGCUGGAAUGGCGUUACAUGCAGCAGAAAGCACCCAGGGCGGGUCAUUGAACUCAACCUCAGCAGCCAAAGCUUGCAAGGCCGAAUCUCUUCAUCUCUCGGUAACCUAACCUUCCUUCGAAUACUGGACCUGUCCUCCAACAUGCUAGCUGGGCCAAUACCGCCUAAUAUCGGUUCCCUCUUUCACCUUAAAAUUCUCUACCUUGAUUCUAACAACUUCACUGGAGCCAUCCCGUCCAGCCUGGGCAACAUCUCCAAGCUAGAACAGCUCGUGCUCCAGGAUAAUCAGCUCAUAGGCACCAUACCUCAAGAUCUUGGCAAUUUAUCAAAUGUGAAUAGAUUGUUGCUAGCACAUAAUAUGCUAUCAGGUAGCAUCCCGACAAUCAUUCUGAACCAACGUAACCUUAUGAUUCUGGACCUGGGUGCGAAUUAUCUACGUAUGAUGUUGCCAUCUAAUAUUGGCCAUACCCUUCCUCAAAUCGGCGCGCUUUCCCUGUACAAUAACAUGUUCUACGGUCCAAUCCCAGCAUCGCUAGGAAACGCUUCAAUUCUCGUGAUAUUAGACUUGACAGCUAACAGUUUCACUGGACAUGUACCUAGUUCUUUGGGAAAUCUAACCUACCUGUACUUCCUGCAACUAGAACAGAACAACCUCGAAGCAAAUGAUAAUGAGGGAUGGGAAUUCAUAGAUGCAUUGGGCAAAUGUAUGUACUUGCAACACCUCUUAUUAUCUAGCAAUCAGCUACAAGGAGCCAUACCUUAGUAACCAAGUUCCCGGAUCAUUGGGAUCGAGAAAUGGAAACGUGGUACACGGUACACACUACUAAAAUUAGGAUUUAACACUACGGAAACGAGAUUGUUCCCAUGUUCCUGGAGCGGAACGAACGUUUCCGUAAUGAGUGUUAGAACUAUAUUAGGGUUUAUGGGAUCUCCCUUGUACAUUUACCAUUUCACCCCUCUGUUUGUAAUGGGCCAGACCCAACUCAGUCUAUUAAUAUUCAGGCACACCCUAGUGUAGGGUUAGGGUUUCUAUUAUUCCAACAUGAUAUAGAGCCUGGUUUCUCCCUCCCUUCCCUGUCUCAGCCGACCGCCAAGUUUCUCUGGCCGCCGCCCUCCCUUCCCCUGCCCAGCCGGCCGCCAGUCCUCUUUGGCCGCCGCCCUCCCUCCCCUUUCCUGUUCGUCUGCCAUGGACCCUCCGCCCCCGUCCGAGCAACCCGCCGCCGCGGCCCUGGGCACGGCCGCCGCCGCGGGUCUGGGCGCUACUCUUGCCGUGCAGGGCGCGGGCGCAGCCGGGCUGGGCAUGGCCGCAGCCGCCAGGCUGGGCGCGGCCACUGCUGCUUCGCUGGCCGCAGCCGUCUCCGCCGGCCUGCGCACGAGCGCCCUCGACGACCUCGCCACAACCCUGGCUGCCGCCGACCUCGCUGCUGCGCACAGGGCAGCCGCAGCCACCUCCGUCGGACACCACCAGCUUGCUGCUGCGCACAGGGCAGCCGCAGCCACCUCCAUCGGACACCACCAGCCGUGCCACUGCCGUGAGCCCUGCUCCCCGUGCCCCAUGACGCACCUCCCCUCGUCCAGCGCCGCCGAUACUCCCACCACGGCCAGCGCGCGUGCUACCGGCCUCGUCCCCUCCGGGUUUGGCCUCCCGGGCUACCCGACGUGCGUCGACGCUCUCACCGGUCUACCCUCGCCGACACGUCUCCCCAGACACCCGCCCCCUGGGUUCUCCACCACUCGGCCGCUCGUCGCCGACGCCACCUGGGCUUCCCCGCCGCCCUCCACCGACCCCACGCUGGCCUCUACCAUCGCCACCAUCCAAGCUACCCUGGCCACCUCGCAGGAGCGUGAGCGCGCCGCGUCCGGCGCUCUAGAACAGGAGCGCGCCCUGGCUGCCACACUGACCGCCCAAAUGGCCACUGCGCAGCAUCUCGUCAUCGGGCCUCCUCCGGUCGACCAGGCGACAACCCCGCCCACCCAGAGGCUCCCCACGCCUCUAGACUCGAUGUUGACCACAUCGUCGCUCUCCACGCCCAGACGGCCGGACUACAGGACAUUCGGUCCCUCGUGUCCGUCGUUUUGGACCUGGCGUCCUCCCACUAUCCUCGCUGGAGGGGGCAGGUCCUUCUCACCUUGUGGCGCUACGCCCUCGACGACCACGUCCUCGACGACGUCGCCACCCUGCCGUCCCGAGCUUGGUCCCUGAUGGACUCCGUGGUCCUCUACUGGCUCCACGGAACCAUCACCGUUGAGCUCCAAGACAUCAUCCGCGACCAGGAGGACAUGGGCCGUCAGGCGUGGCUCGCUCUCGAAGAAUAGUUCCUCGGGAAUCGGGACGC